UGAGCAAAAGACGAGGAAGAAACCUGUACACGGAAGUCAUUCAGGGUUUUAGGAUUGUACCUACCAUACAGCUUGCAUGCUUGAGAUUCGAUUUCAUCUGUAGCGUUUGUCGGUAUAACUUCCUCUUUCCUCUGGCGGUUAGUUAAAGCGUAAUGACACUUAACGAUGGGACAGUCGGUGUGGACACCCUGAGAAGAUAAAGGGUAGCUAGUUAUCAGCAGACGGUUGAGAUCCAGUGUGGGUCAAUGGACGCCAAGACCUGAAGGGCUGCUGUUUUGACAGCUGGGUUUGAGCCUCCGGUACCUGGUCUUUCUGCCCGACAGAGAGAGCUGCUGAGAACAGACACGACAAGGGGUUUAAAUACCAAAGAAGAGGUUAUUCUAUGUAGAGACAAAUAUACUUAUGUCAAGUUGCUUUUAAAGCGCAAUUGAAGGCAAGGCAGAAAGGUGAGAGCCACUCUCUGUCAGCGACUUCUCCUCACCAGUGUUUUCUCUCUUCACACCGACCUUUUGUCAUGGCCUCUCCCCGGCUGAAAUACCUCUCUCUGGGCGUGCUGGUGUUCCAGACCACGUCCCUGGUGCUCACCAUGCGGUACUCCCGCACCCUGCAGGCCGAGGGCCCGCGGUACCUGGCCUCCUCGGCGGUGGUGGUGGCCGAGGUCAUGAAGAUCCUCACCUGUGUGCUGCUCGUCUUCAAGGAGCACAAUUACAGCAUGCGAGCUCUGAACAGCCUCCUGCGUCAAGAAAUUGCCCACAAACCCAUAGAAACGCUGAAGCUGGCGAUUCCCUCUGGGAUCUACACGCUGCAGAACAACCUGCUGUACGUCGCCUUGUCCAACCUGGAUGCAGCCACCUACCAGGUGACGUACCAGCUGAAGAUCCUGACCACGGCUCUGUUCUCGGUGUCCAUGCUGGGCCGCAGGCUGGGCAUCUACCAGUGGCUCUCAUUGCUGAUUCUUAUGGCUGGGGUGGCUCUCGUGCAGUGGCCCUCUGAGUCUGCAGCGGCCCCGGAGCAGGAGGCCCUCUCUGCAGGCUCCCAGUUUGUCGGUGUGGCGGCUGUUCUGGUGGCGUGCUUCUCCAGUGGGUUCGCCGGUGUCUACUUUGAGAAGAUCCUAAAGGAGAGCAAGCAGAGCGUCUGGGUCCGCAACAUUCAGCUAGGGAUGUUUGGGCUGGUGUUUGGCCUCUUUGGGAUGCUGAGCUACGAUGGAGAGAGGGUGAGGGAAUCAGGAAUGUUCCAGGGGUACAACACCGUCACUUGGACUGUCGUAGCGCUGCAGGCGCUGGGUGGUCUGGUCAUAGCAGCGGUCAUCAAGUAUGCAGACAACAUUCUCAAGGGCUUUGCUACAUCGCUCUCCAUCAUCCUGUCAACUCUUAUAUCGUACUUCUGGCUACAGGACUUCGACCCCACUAGUGUGUUCUUCAUGGGGGCUGUUUUGGUCAUCGCAGCCACUUUCCUCUACGGCUACGAAGGCAAGCCGCCCCCCAACCCCAGCAGGGCGUAGGACACUCGCGGCUGACACUACAGCAGCUGUAGGAGGUCCUGUUAAAGCGUCAAGACAUGGAGUUGAAAGGAGGACAGAGUGCUGAAAAAAAAAAAAAAGAGGGGCAAAGGUUUUUAUCAUAUAUUGUGAUGCCGAUAAAGGAAGUGACCGAGCAGAGAAGGAGGAGAGGAGGUAAGCAGGUUGGGAACACAUGGCAAGAAG